AUGUGGAAAACCGCUAUCUUUCGCAAAAUCUGCAAAAGUGAUUUGCGCAGUAUUUAUCUGCAGUGGUCGCCGCUGUCAUCCGCAAACAGCACGAUCAGUGAAAAUUCUGUGGAUUACCUAGUCAGAUACUGUGAGGAUUAUUCCUGGGAUAAUGAGCCUAAAAAUUGUCGGGCCUCGCUGACGAACCGGACCGAGGUGACCUUAAGGGAACUCCGACCGGCAACAAAAUAUUUGGUUCUGGUGGAGCAGCUGCCCAAUCGCACCGGCAGACAUAUGUCCAACGGGACACCAAAUAAUGCGCUUUCCGGUUCCGCAUCGUUUGCCAGUAAAAUCAAACUUGAUCGUGAUCGAGCAGUUUCGAUAGAAACGCAAAAGUACGCGAUUCGAAAUGUCGACUGCCUGAAAGGUCGAACGAAUGUGACAGUGGAAACCGGUGACAGCUUUGAGGGCACAAUUUCUGUACAAAAAUCCGGAAGUCCACAGAAACAUUGCUCAGUUAAGGGGAUAGGAGCGGCGCAACAGAUGUAUUACCUAAUUAUCAACCAUACCGAUUGUAAUGUGGAAUUCCAUGAUAACGGGACAAUUAUGGAGGCGAUCGUGCAGAUACAGGAGCAUCCCACUCUUGUUCUUGGCACCGAUCAGUCCUUCCGGAUUUCCUGCAACUAUCAGCCAGCAGUAAUCCAAAUUCAGACUGGCAUGGGCAUGGACGCACAGCACCAGGUUACACGAAUCGGUGCUACCCAUCCCGCUGACUCAACCGGAAGGAUCUCCUCUGGUGAGGACAGUGCCCCCAGAGUAGCAUUUAUGCCCGCACUGAACAACAUCACAUCCGCCAGCCAAUUAGCCAACACUGCCGAUCGCAGAAGCAGCAACAGCAACAACAGCCAUACGACAUCCGCAGAUCCCGUUCCGCCCCUUAUUAAACCGCUAACCAUCCCCUCCGGCCAAUAUGACACGCCGGAAAAGAUCAGCCAGUUUUACGGGGAUGAACCGGUAAAAAGCGUUCAAGGUCACCGACAAGAAACACCGGCGCUGCAUCCCGCUGUGCCGGUAAGUGAAAUGGCCGCGGCACCGGCACGUCGAACAUUCCCGGACAGCAUAAAAACAAGCAGGCCGACAAAGGUCAAUGCGUUAAUCGACCCCGGGAUCGGCGUGAAUAAUACCUUUCUACCCAGCAAACAUACAAUUAUUCCGCUGAAUACGAGCCUAGAAGAAACGCGUUUACUUGGUACAAGCCAAAAGUCUUUCGGUGCGGGACGCAUGCCAGCCGUACAAAUCAUUAUUAUUGCGGUGGCGGGGACGCUAACUGCCGUGGUCCUCCUGUCCAUGAUCGUUUGGUUUAUCGCCUUCCGGAAUAAGCCGGGUUGCGCAGUCUUUCCCAGGAAGCGAGUCCUCCGACACUUAACCGACGAUGAGCGCUAUGCGUGAGCCGGCAGUCGAGGUGUGCACAGAUGCGCAGUAUUACCGGCACGAUCAGCUGGCCGAACAAAUACGUCCAGAAAAGAAGGAAGUCUGUUCGGGUUAAUGGAGUACGUGAUCACCGGCUGAAAAAAUCCCGUAUCGUCAAGCGAUAUAAUUAUUAGCCACAUCAUGCAACAAUGCAGCAGUGUUGUACCAAGUCAGAUAUACUCGUACAGAGAGACAUGGUGCACUUACGGAACACUUUGUUAACAAACUCAAACGAAGUAUGAAAUUUUAUGUUGAAAGAGAUGUUACAGGAAAAUAUUAUUGUUGUCAGUCUAUGCUUAACUGCUUUGUAAUCAGUUGUACAAAAAUUGUGAGACAUAAAUGAUAUGUGUCCGUUAUUGAUACAAUGAUAUAUAGAUAUGUGCGUUUCUGCUCAGUGUGAUCAUUUGCGGCAUAUAAAAAGGUCAUUUUUAUGUAGUAAACGAUACUGCCGAAGUGCCUAUGGUUUACU